GUUGAAUCUCGUACACCGCCGCUUGUGCAUGCCUAGCGCGAGGGACGAUUCGCAAUCCGAACAAAGUUUAGCGACAAACCUGUUUGGUCCGCCGUUCUUUAUUCAAAAGUUUUCUUAAUUUGAAUAAUAGUUUUUUUUGUUGAUGUGAUAGUUAAACUCGACAAAAAAAAAAGGUUUUUAGUGAUUUUCGAAGUGUAUGGAAUAGGACUGUAAAUUUGGUUGUGUGUAAAGUUUAAAAGUUUUGGAACUGAGUUUUUCUGCUAUGCCAAUAACGAAAUAUCAGAGCUGUCUUUCGUUUCCAUUAUAUUUCAUGAUAUAAGAUCCUUACCUACGUUUCGCCUCCGUCACAGUGGAAAAACGUUAAAGAUGACGUGUGCUGCAAAUGCAGGAAAGAAUAGACUUCUAAUGAAAACUAAACAAGGAUGAUUUACAUACAGAGAUAAAAAAAAAUACAAGAACUUUACAGGAUGCUCAUAUAGACAACAAAAAUGAAGAUGGGUGUGCAACACUCACACACGAAAACUAUCAUAAUGAUUCUUCUUUGGAACCUAUGUCUUUGUAGCAACGUAGUUAGAAGUAAGAGAAAAUAUCCAGAUUUCAAUGUAAAUGAUAAUUUAGAUAGUGAUCUUAAUUUAGAAAGUGUAAUUGUUGGUAAAGAUGAUAAUAUAAGAAGCAACGUAACCAAAGAUAGUACGUACGAGCCAGAAUAUUUUAUAAUGAAUGCAACUAAAAAUGACAAAGUUAACAAAACAGUGCAAGUCAGUAAAAUGUACGACGUGGAAGAGAUAACAGCAGAAUAUGAUAUGUUCAACUAUACGGAAGAAACGUGCGUUGGUGACCCCGAGUUUUGUAACAUGACAAAGGAAGAAUACAUGGACAUGCUUAACGAAUAUAUAUUUCCACACCCUUAUGAGUGGGUCCUUAUAGCUACUCAUGCUAUAGUCUUCGUUAUCGGACUCAUUGGAAAUGCUUUAGUGUGCAUCGCAGUAUAUAGGAACCAUAGUAUGAGGACAGUGACGAACUAUUUUAUAGUGAACCUUGCAGUGGCGGAUUUCAUGGUGAUACUUAUAUGUUUACCUCCUACGGUGUUGUGGGAUGUGACUGAGACGUGGUUCUUCGGUACGGCUAUGUGCAGGAUCGUCUUAUACUUUCAGUCGGUGUCGGUGACGGUGUCGGUGCUGACGCUGACGUUCAUCAGCGUGGACCGCUGGUACGCCAUCUGCUUCCCGCUCAAGUUCAAGUCCACCACCGGCCGGGCCAAGACCGCCAUACUUAUCAUCUGGCUUUUGUCGCUGCUGUUCAAUAUACCAGAAUUCGUGAUGCUGCAAGUGCAGAGGAAGAUGCAACUACGAUUCAACGUGCAGUACUUCAUGCAGUGCGCUUCUACUUGGUCGGACGACAGUGAUCUCAAAUGGCAUAUAAUAAAGGCGCUUUUUCUUUACACGUUCCCUUUGCUGCUGAUGAUGAUUGCCUACUGCCAAAUCGUGAGGGUUCUCUGGAGGUCAGACAACAUACCAGGACACACUGAAUCCCAUAAGCUAUGCACAACACCAACUGGUCAGAACAAUUGGUUAGCUGUGAACCGUCGUACAGCGCCAUCUAUCCACGCAAAUGCAUCAACUGAAGGGCAACUGCGAUCCAGACGAAAGGCUGCUAAAAUGCUAGUAGCAGUCGUAGCUAUGUUCGCUGUUUGCUAUUUUCCAGUACAUCUACUAUCUGUAUUGAGGGUGGCAUACGAUGUGCAGCAAACUGAUGUCAUGACCUGUAUUGCUCUCAUCUCCCACGUGAUGUGCUACGCCAACUCUGCCGUAAACCCGCUUAUCUACAACUUUAUGAGCGGUAAAUUCCGGAGGGAGUUCCACAGGUCUUACUUCAAAUGCUUCUGCUGUUGCCACAGUGGUGCGGUUCCUGACCAGAAUGGGACUUCCUUUGCUCCCAUCGGCAGUUCCAGAGCCGGUACUACCAGAACCGUCGUCAGACGGAACGACUCCUGCGCUAGCUACAGACUCACGCACCUCUCCCCAUCAAACCAUAACAGCAUCCACAGGGACUUCGGAAGGAACACCAACACUUCUUUCAUCGAGCAAAUCAAUGGGAACCGACGACCGAAAAUCAGGGACGACUCAAUUAGCGAAUCGGCAACACGAUUCACACUCGCCACCGACGUCGGUAGAGAUUGACAGUUGGGCAAAGAUUUCUACGAUAUACGCAACAGAUCUGACGGCAUCGUAACAUACAUAGCUAAGAGCACCAAUAGUAUCGAUUGUAAACCUUACUACGAUUGCUUCAAGGGCGCCGGCAGUAGCGGCCACUGUGAAUUCAACGAUGUGCAUGUCAUUGACGAGAGAUAUAGUGACACUUGCACCGAUUACAGAGAGAAUGAUACUGAUUCUAAAGAACUGUUCUCCCUUAACGAUGAAACUAAAAACAAAUUCAGAUUCAAAUUCAAUCGCAGUUUGAAUAGCUGUCAGAUUAAGAACAAAAGGAAAGUUAACACGGUGUAUUGAUAAGAAUUUAUGAUGUAAAAUAUUUUUUUGAUAAUAUCACUAAAGUUCGAUUUCUAUUAAGGUAGAUCAAAUAAAUUGUGGAAUGUAAUGUCAUUGUAUAAUAUUGUUAGUAUAAGAUAUGAAGUUGGAUAAGUCAUUGAAAACAUGUUACAUAAUAAAAACGUAUCAUUAAAUAAGA